AUGAAUGAAGGAGUCGAUCAAGGCAAGAGGUUGGAUUCAAUGCCUAGUCUUCUAUCCUUGCUCUUUUCCCAGGGUACAUCCUCCCCUAAUCUUGAGUGUUCAACCAUAGGCUCGGCACAAGAGGAAUCAUUCUUCGACUCAGUUCGCCAUCAGCUUGCAAACCGCAGGUGGGUGCGAACUACUAGAGGCCCAUCUAGGAGGUUAGUCAAAAUAAAAAACCUAGAACGCCUUGGUGAAUCAGACCCAGAGAUCAUGGCCAACAAUGUUGGUCACCAAGGCAAUAGGAACCCUCUCAGUGAUGGGGACAAUGAAGAGUCCACUGGUUCUAACCCCCAAUUGAACCCUUUAGCCCCGACAAAUUAG